AUGGCUUCGUAUCUGGAACUAUCGAAACUAUUAUCAUCUGUCGAUUCAAUUAAACCAUUAAUCAGGUUAGAAAAGAAUCUAAAUAAACUUAUUCAAAUAUGUGAGAAAAAUGAAGACGAUGAGGAAGAAUACGAAAAUACUGUUCAACUAGUAAACAAUUCGAUGAGGGAUCUUUCACAAAAUUGCUAUACCUGGUUAACAUCUAUUGAAUAUCAUAAACGUCAAUCAUUUUUCCAAGCUUUACUCAACAAAAUCAAUCCAUUACAAGCACAACUAAAAAAAUAUGUUGCAAUUAAGACCUUCAAUGAAUAUGAUGAACAAUUAUCAACAUUAAAAUUACUUUGUGAUACUGAUUUCAAUCAGAAACCAUUGGAUUUCGCUGAAAAAUGUCUGACAUAUAUGAACCUAUGGAGCCAUUUUGAAAGCCAAGUUAUUUCAUUGAUUGAAAAUAUAAAUCGAGUGACAGGAUUAGAAAAUAUGUUAUCGACUCAUUUAGAUGCAAUUAAAAAUGCUCGAAAAAGAAUAGUUAUUUCUUUUCUAGGCAGUUUAAAAUCUACAAAAAGCAGUUUGGUUAAUUUUCUUCUAGAAAGAGAAAUCUGUCCAACAGGAAAUGAAGCAACAACGGCUCGUCUAACAAAAAUUAUAUAUGGUGAACGAAUAAAACUUACUCGAGUAGUCGGUGGAGAUGCGUCUAAAUCUGAAGAUUUUUAUCCCGAUAAUUACGAAGAAUUAUUAGUUAAAGCAACUGAAUUUAUUAAAUUGCCAUCAGAUGAACGGUCAAAAGAGUGUAAAGAUGUGAUUAUUCUCGAAUUACCUAUGAAAGUAUUGAAAGGCGUGGAGUUAUGGGAUAUACCGGGUUUUGAUGAAAAUGAAACUAUUAAUAAUAGAAUAAAAGAGAUUCUUGAAGAUACCGAUUUAAUAUUUGUUCUCAUACCUCACCAAGAGAGUGUCAGAAUGGCAUUUCAAAAUUUCAUUAAACCACGGUUAGAAAAACAAGAAAAUGAUAAUACUAAUUUUGAACUUAAUGCAAACAAUAGAACAUCAGUUGUGUGCUUUAUUGUUACUCAAAUCGAUACUUUUAAGCCUAAUAUUCAAACAAAUAGAUCACGUGAUGAUGUAUUGGCUAACCUUUUUAUCACCCUGGGAAAAUAUCCAAAUAUUAAAUUCGAUGGAAAUGAUAUGAAAUCCUGUAACAAUUUUAUACCAAUGUGCACACAUCACCAAUUUGGUAUCAAAACGUUUUUAGAAUGUCGUCAAAUGUUUAUUGAAAAGUCUAGUCGGUGGUUUCAAAAUGCUAUCGAGCGCUUAGCACAUUUUCGCUUACGUUAUUUAUUAAAUGUAAUGCAACAAAUCAUUCAGUAUAGUGAUAUCAAACUAAAAUUUCAACAAUGUAAAGAAUUGCAACAUGCUGUCAAAAAAUGCUUUUCUCAUUUGAAAUCUGAAAUACCUGAAUUCAUUGCCGACACGUUAUCACCAUUUCAAGAAGAACUCCGUUGUAGUCUUCGCACAAAGGCGUCGAAGCGCAGUGAUAAUCCCGAGCAUUCACAGAAGUCAAUGCAGGAAAAACAACCAACAGAUAGUUUCAAAGAGAGACUUACGGAUAAAUUCCAGGAAAUUUUAAAACAAAAGGAAGAAGUUAUAAACAUUCGCUUUCAUGAUUUUCUAAUGAAACAUUCGGCAUCCUUAGAACUGAAUCCUGCAAUAGCACUGCUGUAUGAAAGUAUAAUAACUGAAGUAUCCUUGAAUCCAUACAAACUAGGUAUUGGCUUUUUCGAAAAUGCUACUCAUCUGAAUACGAAUGUAGAAUAUUAUCAGCGCUGGGGUGGUCUAUCACUCCUCGGUGGUUAUAGUGCGUAUAUUGGUGCAGUCGUUAUUAUUGAUACGGCUCCUGUUGCUGCUCCACUUUUGCUUGCGAGUGCGCUAGGAAUGCUAACUCUUGGCCUGAUAAAUGUGCAAUGGUUUGACCAAGCAGAGAAGAAUUGCAUCACGAGUGUAAACGAGGCAAUGCAUAAUCAUUUAGCGGAUAAGCUGACAACAUUUUCCGAGUCACGUCUCCAAAUGAUCAUUGCCAAGAUCGAUAAAAUGAUGAAUGAAUUAACGUCGUUAUCAGAUGUACAAAUACAAGCUUUAACCAAAUUUACGAAUACAUACAAGUUGACAAUGAACAAACUCUAUCUGAACUUACAGAGCGAACUAUUCAAAUUGAAAUAUCCAGAAUAUGAAAUUUCUGAGGAAAAAUUGAUCCCACGUACUUUUGAAACAUUUCGCACAACAUUAUUCCUGUCGGAUAAGACAAGAUUUGAUUUAGCAGCAGCCAAGGUUCCGCUUCAGCAAUUUGACAUAGAACAUUUUCAUUGUUUGAAACAACUCAACCAUUCAAAUAUUGGCAAAUAUUAUGGCAUUUUAAAGUGCGUGUCUGAAGAAGAUUUUUAUUACAUAAUUAUAGAUAAAAUGGACGGCGAUUUGAGCACGGAUGGUCAAAAACAUUUAUCAGAAAUGAAGGAGAACCAAAUUUCAGAUAUUUUAUAUCAGAUAACUGAUGCUUUACGCUACAUUCAUGAUCGAUGUUUGAUACACAGUAAUGUGAAUCCAGCAAAUAUUUUCUUCAAAAAACUCGGUGAUCAAUUUUCAUUUUAUCUCGGAAAUUUUUCUUACGUGCGUUUUGAUCCGAUGAUUCCAUGUGGCACCUCUAAGCAUACUGCACCUGAGUUUACCGAUCGAAGUUUAGGACCAGUUACUCAUAAAGCAGAUAUUUAUUCAUGGGGUGUCACAAUUAAAGAGCUGGUGGGUUGCGUACCUUAUAAUACAGUUUCCAAUAGUGAGAAACUCAAUCGAUGGCUAGGAAUCGUCGAUCAUUGCAUGAAAAGGUGCCCAGCAGAUAGGCCAUCUUGCAAUAAAAUUCUAGAAGCAUACAAGUAA